AUGUCUGUCUCGGGACAGACGCCACAGAUCGGCUCGAGCGUUGCCUCGCCAAACUCGACCUCGCCGGUCACCAUGGGCUCGGUCGGUACAGCCGGCACCAGCUCACCCUCAUCAUCAUCGGUGUGCCCGGCAAAGCGUGCCCCGUCCGAAGACACCAUCGCUAGCAUCCACUCGGAAGACGUGAAGCGGUCCAAGGGCAAUGACUCUGGUGGCUACAGUGGUCGUGCCACCGCAGCUCCGGCGUCAGCCACCGCUGCCAGUAGUGGCGGGUGCCCGGUGGCUGGGCAUGGUGGCAUGCCCGUCUCGCCGCCGCUUGAGCCCGAGGCUGGAGCUGCGUGUGCCGCUGGUGCGAGCAAGCAGCGGUCGCGCCGCCGGCAUCACAAGAAGAAAAAGUCGCACAACUCGGUCUCACGGCGGGUGGCCAAGUCGCGCGCGGCAGCCAUGAGCAUCUCCAAGACCAUGACCAUCCAGCAAGGCUUCCAGGGCGUCAUCACUGCCACGUCCGACUCGAUCAUCCGGUCGGCGAACCCGUACGCGGCGCGGAUGUUUGGCUGGAAGUCGGACGAGCUUGCAGGCGAGCGGCUCGAGGUGUUGAUGCCGGUGCAUUUUGCCGAGCAGCACCACACUUUUAUCCGUCGCCACGAAGAGCGCGGCGCGAACCGAGCCAUUGGCAUCACUCGCCGGGUCGAGGGUCUGCACCUCAAGGGCCACACGUUCAACAUGCUGCUGCAUGUCACCGAGCUGACAACCACAGAGGGCGCCCCGCUGUAUGUGGCGCUUGUCGAGCAUGACGACACGCCGACGGGCCACACCGUCAUCGACACCUCGGGUAUCAUCACCUACGUCAACAACUCGAUGACCGACAUCUUUGGCUACUCCAAGCUCGAGCUUGAGGGCUUCAACGUCAAGAAGCUCAUGCCCGAGCCGUACUCGUCGGCCCACGACGGUUUCCUGACCUCCUACAUCGAGACCGGCGUCAAGAAAGUGCUCGACAAAGUCCGCCACGUCCCCGGUCUCCACAAGAACGGUCUGCUCUUCCCCAUCUCGCUCCGUGUCAAGGAGCUGCGGACCGAUGACGGCCAGCGGUUUGAGGCUCUCAUUGACCGUGUCGAAGACAUGGAGUGUAUGAUGACUUUUGACUCGUCGGGCAUAAUCAAGUCGGUCACCCCCUCGUUCCGACUCAUGUACGGCUACGAGUCACGCGAGCUCGUCGGCCACCACGUCUCCAAACUCCUCGGCGACAUGCGGUCGUACGAGAUGUCGACUGCAAGCUUCGAGGCCAUGGCCAAGAGUCUCGCCGAGUUUGAGUCGGAGAUGCAACGACUCAAGCUCGGCUCGCGCCGGCUCGUCUCGUAUCACAAGGACGGCUCCGAGUUUGUUGUCUGCCUCACCAUCGACGACUACUUUCCGCUUGAGCUCGUCCGCUCGAGCUCGAGCUCGGCCGACUCGCACGUCGACUCGCUGGCCUCGGCCGGGGGCGAGGCCUCUGACCGCUCCGUAGCCUCGGUCGACCGCUCCACCCGCAUGUUCUCCGCCUUUUUCACACCUUGGAUCGAUCCAGCCGACGUCCGCUCCGGCGGAGAGUCGCCGUCGUCGUCGUCGCCGCCCGACGCCAACGACGUUUGGCGUGCCGCAGGCGAGGAAGCGACCAUCGAGGUCUCGCACCCGGCGCUCGCCAAGUACUCGUUCUCGCGCCUGCUCGGCAAGGGCUCGUCCGGCGAAGUCCGCCUCGCCACUGUCAAGGCCACCGGUGAGCUCCGCGCCAUCAAGAUUGUGCGGACCGACAAGCUCGAGCCCGACUCGAUCGACCUCAUCCGCCUCCACAACGAAAUUGCCCUGCUCAAAGUGUGCGACCAUGAGAACGUUGUCAAGCUCUUUGACGUGGUCGAGACCGAGACAAGGCUCUACCUCGUCAUGGAGUACAUCGACGGCUCGGACCUCGUCCACCUUUGGCACUACGACAACCCACUCGAGCCCGGCCUGACCGAGGACGAAGCCCGUAGAUUGCUCAUCCCCAUCGUCCAGGCCAUCCACUAUCUGCACCGCAACAACAUUGUCCACCGCGACAUCAAGCUCGACAACGUCAUGGUCAACUCGGCCGGCGACGUCAAACUCGUCGACUUUGGCUUUGCCACCACCAUCGAGUCCGGCCAGCUCCUCUCGUCGUGGUGUGGCACGCCGUUCUACGCCUCCCCGGCAUGCUUCCUCCACACGCCCUACGACCAGCGCGCCGACAUCUGGUCGCUCGGCGUCCUCCUCUACCUCUUGAUGGAGGGCCAGAUGCCUUUCGAGACCCCGCAGGCCAUCGUCGCCGGCUCGUACUACCUCCCGCCCAAGUGGUCACCCGCCCUCCGCGACCUCAUGUCCAACAUGCUUGUCGUCAAUGAGGCCCACCGGUUCACCAUCUCGGACGUCGCCCUCCAUCCCUGGCUGCGCGGACAGUCCACACUGUAAAUCUUUAAGCUCUCUUG